UGGGGGCGUCCGGCCGGUGUGCGCGCUUGUGGGGCGCAGGCUCGGCAACGGCGGCAACGUCUCAGCCUGCGGCGGCAGCGGCCCGUCUGGAGCGGCCGCUGCGAGGACGCCAGCUGCAGCGGGGGAGGCGCAGCAGGGACUGCGUGCUCUGCUAAGCCGGCGGGGACCGGGAACAGGUGAUCCCAGCAGAAACCCGGAGCCCUACUGAGUUGGCGGGGCGGGAGCCCGCACUCCCCAGCGCAGCUGCAGCCGCCCCACCGCGGCUGGUCGCGGUCGGCGCCCGGCUCCGGACCGGGUCUCGGGUAUCCCUCCUCUGUCAGGGGCCCGGGAAGCCCCCUACCCCCGCAGGUUGAGAAGUACCUGCCCCCGCUCCCCGACGCCUGCUCCGUGGCUGAGCAAAGUUGUGGACGUGUGCCGAUAGCCGAGCCCUGGCGCUGUCGCGACCUGGCCCGGCCGGCGCGCUCUCGGAGCGGCGCUGACACGCCGGCCCUACCGCCGCCUUGCCCUCCGAGCCGGCCCUCUCUGGAAACUGCUUCUGAGGCUGAAACUUUGGAAAGAGGGGCUGAGGGCGGUUCAACGCGGGGACAAGGCCUGUGGGCGUCCCUCCGCGUUGACAGCCUGGGCGCCGCGGACGGCAUGUGACGGCCUCCGCGGCGGCCGCAGCGCGGGAAGGCGCGGGCCCCGCGGGCUCCGGCCGCUGCGACGAGGGGCUGCGCGGCCGCCUCAGGGAAGGCUGCGGCCCGCGGCCGACCCUUGCGGGCCCGGGCCCAGAGCUGUGCCGCCUCGCUCGCCCGGGCCCCGCCGAGGCCACUGCGACCCCGCCUCAGCGCGGGCGGACUCUCUCUAAACUCCCUGAACUUCAGGAGCGGUCCCCCAAGCGCGAAACUCUCAGGGACCCCGACCCUGGGCGACGCCCCUCAACGACCUCCCCUCGCAGGGUCGCCUGCUGACAAGUGCCUGGACUCCGAGGGCCUCAGGGGCCUGGCUGGAGCUGACUGUCCCGGACCUGUCUUGCCCGGCCACGAUGCUCAUGAGGAAAGUGCCCGGCUUCGUUCCGGCCUCCCCGUGGGGGCUGCGGCUCCCGCACAAGUUUCUCUUCCUUCUCUUCCUCUCCGGCCUCGUCACCCUGUGCUUCGGGGCCCUGUUCCUGCUGCCCAACUCUUCUCGCCUCAAGCGCCUCUUCCUGGCCCCGCGGACCCAGCAGCCCGGCCUGGAGGUAGUGGCCCAAGUCGCCGGCCACCCCCUGACCCGCGAGCAGGAGUCGCCGCCCAACCCGGCCCCCGCGGCUCCAGCCCCGGGCGAGGACGACCCCAGCAGUCAAGCCAGUCCUCACCGCAGGAAAGGGUGGCCGCGGCGCACCCGUCCCACCGGGUCACGGGAGGAGGCCACGGUGGCCCGGGGCAGCGGCGUCGUGGUCCUCAGACCCCAGGAGGAGAGCAUCCGAUCUAGCUUUGACUUCAACGCGUUCCGGAGCCGCCUUCGCCACCCAGUCCUGGGGACUAGGGGGGAUGAGAGUAUGGAGCCCCAGAGCCUAGUUCGGACCCAGCGGGAGAAAAUCAAGGAGAUGAUGCAGUUUGCCUGGCAGAGCUACAAGCGUUACGCGAUGGGGAAGAACGAGCUCCGGCCCCUCACAAAAGACGGCUACGAGGGCAGCAUGUUCGGAGGCCUCAGCGGGGCAACCAUCAUCGACUCCCUCGACACCCUCCACCUCAUGGAGCUGAAGGAGGAGUUCCAGGAGGCCAAGGCCUGGGUAGAAGAGAGCUUCCACCUGAACGUGAGCGGAGAAGCAUCCUUGUUCGAAGUGAAUAUCCGGUACAUCGGAGGACUCCUCUCAGCCUUCUACCUGACGGGAGAGGAGGUGUUCCGAAUAAAGGCCAUCCAGCUGGGGGAGAAACUCCUGCCAGCCUUCAACACCCCCACAGGAAUCCCAAAAGGCGUGGUGAACUUCAAAAGCGGCUCCAACAGGAGCUGGGGCUGGGCCAUGGCAGGGAGCAGCAGCAUCCUGGCAGAGUUUGGAUCCCUGCACUUAGAGUUCUUACACCUCACCGAGCUCUCUGGCAACCAGGUCUUCGCAGAAAAGGUCAGGAAUAUCCGAAAGGUCCUUAGGAAGAUUGACAAGCCCUUCGGCCUCUACCCCAACUUCCUCAGCCCAGUGAGUGGGAACUGGAUGCAACACCACGUCUCGGUUGGAGGACUCGGGGACAGUUUUUAUGAAUAUUUGAUCAAAUCCUGGCUGAUGUCGGCCAAGACAGAUACGGAGGCUAAAGAUAUGUACUACGAAGCUUUGGAGGCAAUAGAGACCCACUUGCUGAAUGUCUCUCCCGGGGGGCUGACCUACAUUGCUGAGUGGCGUGGGGGGAUUCUGGACCACAAGAUGGGGCACCUGGCCUGUUUCUCCGGGGGCAUGAUCGCCCUCGGCGCUGAGGAUGCCAAGGAAGAAAAGAGGGCCCACUACCGAGAGCUCGCAGCCCAGAUCACCAAGACGUGCCACGAAUCGUACGCCCGCUCAGAUACCAAACUGGGGCCUGAGGCCUUCUGGUUCAACUCUGGCAGAGAGGCUGUGGCCACGCAGAUGAGUGAGAGCUACUACAUCCUGCGGCCCGAGGUGGUGGAGAGCUACAUGUACCUGUGGCGGCAGACCCACAACCCCAUCUACAGGGAGUGGGGCUGGGAAGUGGUCAUGGCCUUAGAGAAAUACUGUCGGACAGAAGCCGGGUUCUCCGGGAUCCAAGAUGUAUACAGUAAGGUUCCCAACCACGACAACAAGCAGCAGACUUUCUUUCUAGCAGAGACACUAAAGUACCUCUAUCUUCUGUUCUCUGAAGAUGACAUGCUCUCCCUGGAAGACUGGGUGUUCAACACAGAGGCCCACCCACUCCCUGUGAACCACUCAGACAGCUCUGGCAGGGGUGGGGGCUGACCCGACUCCCUGCUGCUCCCUGAGAUGCCUUUUCGGGAUUUGGGGCUGUUCUCAAAGGGACUGGGAAUGUGGUCCCUGCCUGGCCAUCCCAGCAGAUGUAUUGGACAAGCAACUUCUUUUCCUCUGUGAGGAGACAGGACUUGGAGAUGCAGCAAGGCCACGCCAGGCCCAAACAUUCCUUUCCACAGAGAAUUUCUGUGAAGCCCGAUCACUUGCCAUUCCAGGGCCACAGCACCAGAGGUUUGUAUUGCAACCUUGUGUAUUUGAUCCACUUCCUUUCGUUUUGAGGGUUUUUUUGGUUUUUGCUUGAUUUGCCUUUUCUCUAUGGUUAUGUUUUAUCACAGAUUAAAAAUAUAGUUUUCAAAAUCAUGCGUUUUCAAAAACAGUAUCAUCCCAAUAAACUAAACCUUAAUGUGUUUGCAUACUCACACAAAAUUUUGACCCCAUUUUCUAUAUUUGAAAUUCCUUUUGCCCAACAUUUGUGUCAUUUACCUUAUAAUUUGAGGAGGGGGUCCCCUUUGAUUUGGGCCGAAGUAUUAACGAAUCACUAGUGCUGUUUUCAUUACUGUAAUGGAAAAAUCUGUAAACUUACAAUAAAAGAGUUUAUUGAAUAAGAAAUACAAUUUGGUUCAUUGCAGAUCAGUGACUCCUGGGGAAAUCAUCGCAAUAUUAUCAUCAGAAUAAUCAACCAGCAGUUGAUUUAAGAUGGGCGUGCAUUUGGCCAGGUUGAAGAUAAGAAAGACAGGAUGGCAGGACACAGAGGAGAAGCACAAGCUGAACCCAAGUGGACCCGGGUUCAGGUCCACCCUGCCCUUUCCCCGGGCUGUGUGACCUUGGGCCUGCCCCUCAUCUCUCUGAGCUUCUGCUUCGCCACAUGUGGAACAGGAGGGUGGUUUCAAGGGUUAAUUGAGCCCCCAGUGAAGGACCUCAACACACAGAGUGAUGAUCAUUAUUACUAGUUUGUGAAUGUUCUUCGUAAACUGUAAAACUUGCGUAAAUGUGAGGCAAAACACGGCUGUCAAAAAUUCUUUUUUUUAAACAAAAUGCUAUGAAACUUGGAGGAAACUGCAUCAACCAGGCCCAAGAGACAGACGAAACUCUCAAAGCAAUAAAUCUGAACAUUUUCUGCUUUUCGCAUAGAACAAGCAGAUUGCCAUUAGCCUUGAAUCUGCGAAACUGGAAAAUUGGGAUGAAGAUUUGUUGGCCAUCCAAGGGCUUCCAGGGGCUGGCAUGGUUUGGAAGGUUGCUCAGGGCUAGAGGUCUGAAGGAAGAUGCUGAGAGCUUGUCCAGGAAGCUGGCAAAGAGGCAUCUCUGCUUUGAGGUCCUAGUCAUCUCUCCUCUUCAUGGAGACCCUGAAUCCUUCCUAGGAUGCAAGGGAGGUGAGGCCGGCAGCUAUUUACAGGAAAGGAAACUGAUUUGAUUAGUCCACCCCUGGUCCCGUGGAGAGAGUGAGGAGCCAGGCCAGACCUGUUUAUCACUCUCCAUGCGGGAUGCCCCUCAUGUUGGGGCUGAGAUCAGAGCUUGCUGAGUAGACAAAAAGGUUUCACACAUACACACACAUGCACUCACAUGCACACACUUGCACACGCACACACGCACGUACAUACACCCCUUGAUUUCCCUCUCCUAAGCCUUUGGAUUUAUUGGCCAGCCUUGCAGUCAUCAGGGGUGUGGCUGUCUCCCUGAGGGUAGCGGGGUGGGACCACACCCAGGCCAUCCCCAGUCCCUAUUCCUUCGGGAGUUCCCUGAGAACUGGGAGACAGGGAGGAGCUCUGCAUUAAGCCACAGGAUGAUUCAGAACUGGACAAUCAUUAGAUCAGUGGCUCCCAGAGUACAGAACCAGGCCUGCAGCAACAGCAGCAUCUGGGAGCUUGUGGGAAACGCAAAUUCUCAGGCCCCACCCCAGACCGACUGAAUCGGCAGCUCUGGGGGGCACCCAGCAGUCUGCGUUUUUAACAAGCCCUCAGGUGACUCUGAUGCAGGCAGAGGUGGGAGAAGCGAUGCCGGCUGAUCCCCAAGGCCACCAAACACCCAAGAGCAAAACCUAUGCCUGGACCGUCUCCAUCUCAUAUCAGUCCUGCGUCAACUCCGUGCGGCUCAUCACAUAAACCCAAUAAGAAGAAAACUGCCCCCUUCUUUGAACAAUAGGAACACCCUCCAAUCACUUAAGCCUCUUUUCAAAAAAAUUAGUAAAAUAAAAUUCACAGUGAAAUCUCCUUCAUCAUAAAAGCUGAAAGCCAAAGACA